AUGAAUAAUAGUCAAGGUUCAUUUUCGACGAAUACAUUUCGAACAAAACGUAGUUAUAAUAAUAGACAAUGUGAGCUUAUAUCUUGGAUCUUUAUGCCAAUACGCCGAGGAACUUUUUUAAGUUUUUACAAAUCUCAUAGCUUUAAUAAUGAUAUUUCUUUUAAAAAUAUACCUACAAAAUAUUUAAAUGAUCAAGAAAUUCAAGAAGAAUUGCAAAAAAUUUAUCAAAAAGCUUCCGAUGAUCCUUCAGCAUCUAUAAAGCCUCGCCAAUUGACUCAAUUUUGGCAUGAUUAUUGCAUUUGGUUAUCAAAAUGUAAAAACCUCGAAGAUUCACAAUCCCAACGUGAAUAUUGGAUAGCAAAAGAGGAAUUUAAGGAACUAAACAGAGCGAUUAAAAAAGAUCUAAAUCAAAAUCGAAUUUCAUGGACUCAAUUUCAACCCUCAAUUCCAAAGACAACACAAUACCUAAUUAUUAACUUUCCUGGAAAUGAUUACAUUUCAGAUAUGCUUGUGGCUUCUGGUUUACACAAUCGAAAUGGUUUAAUUAGAUCAGCAACUGGAAUUGGAUUCACGCUCGAAUUUGCAUUUCUCCUGGUUCUAUUGUUGGCAGUAUUUGGCAAUUUCAUCGCAUUCAUUUUUUCUCACUCGAUCCUUAAUCAAGUAAUAUUGUUUCAAAAUACGAUUAAAGUUAUUCAAGAAAUCACAGAAUUUUCACUAUUUAAAUUUAUUCAUUUUCUUAAUCCUUCUGCAUUCGUGAACGAAUUCCAUGAACCUCCAUCAUUAGAUCUCAUAUCAGAUUUAAUUAAAUUCAAAUUUAAACUAAAGCAAUGGGAACCAUGUAUAAUAUUUAUAUAUAAACUCUUUUAUGCAAUUAUAGCUCGACCAACAUUCUUGAUUCUAGGUUUAGUUGCAUUAUAUAUAAAGCUCUUGUUAGUUUCAAAAUCUUUAUCUUGGAUUCAACAACUCACAUUUGAUCUACCAACAAUCUGGAAGGAAUUAGUUAAGAAUCCGUUUUAUUUACUUAUCUUUUUAGGUCUCGCAAAUAAUAUUGCUGGGUUAUAUGGAAUCCCAUCUACAGAAGAAAGACAAGCAUUUUUUGAAAAUCAUCGAAUACAUGAGUAUGAUUUUAUCAACGCUCUUAUGUAUGUAUUUGUUAAACAGAAUAAACGUUGGAGUGGUUUUUGGAAUGUCGCAUUGUAUACGGUUGGUGUUAGUAGCAGGGAUUUGAAUGAUAUUUUCUGGGAAUCUAUUUAUGGUGAUAAUCCAAAUAUUUUUGAUGAGGACGAAGUCCAAAGUGAUGAUAUUGAUGAGUCUCAUGUUGUUUAG